UCUAGAGUCCCAUUCUAUUAAAUUUCCUAAGCUUUAACCUGCAUUCAAAUAGAAAAGAAAUUGCCAUUUCUCUCGACCCCGUUGAGAAAAUUGAGUAGAAAAUAAGGUAGUUAAUAUUUAAUGACGAGUAAAGAUAGAAGUAGGAACAAAAUCUUCCAAGGCAAACCGCAUAAAAAAACGCCGCCAACGCCGCCAACGCCUGGUGAACUCCCUUGUCAACAUGCGCAUAUUUGCUCAUGGCUCCACUACUUCCUCCCAAAACCCGACCUCUGGAUAUCAACCUUAUGCACUCAAUAAACAUCAAUUCCACCCAAUAACGCCCUCCGCAACUCUCACCCCUGUCGCAUUAACAAUCAACAUCCGCCGCCCAAUCACCCCCAUCUCGCACGUAUCAAGUCGCAACUUCCGUACCGUCGAGUUGCCACCCAUCUUCUUCUGACCAGUUAUGAGUUUCAUACUGGCUAGAGCUGUGGGUGAGGCCUCAAGAUCUUCCGGCCGCGUUAGAUUCUGGAGUGGGAAGCGGUGGAGGGGCGGGAGUGCGUCUCGGGAUUCAGAGGGUGUUAGGUCGCCGUCGGGACUGGGAAGGAGGGGAAUAUUAAUGUUGGGGUGAUGUCUUGCCCUGUCCUGACUUGCUCUGCCCAAGGAGGGGGGAAAUGGGGAAGGGAGGCUAUAUGGUAUGUGAUAAUGAAGACAUACUGUAUUUCAACCCAGUAGGCUCUAAAAGUCUCUACCGGAAAGGGUUGGAUCUGCCUUUGUUCUGCCUGUUCGCCCGUUGGCCUAUUGAUAUAGAAGUGAAUCGCCUCCCUUUCAGCAGUGUGGUGUUCACGGAGAGUGACCUGGUAGUCGAAUAGGACACUGUUGCUUGCUGUUUCGUCUGCUUCCGUGAUUAGGGGUCGAAGGAAGGCUGUGGCUCCUCCCUGGCUGGUUCUCGAGGAAAACCCGUUGCACAUAUUCUUAUGCAGCGCCGUCUAAUGGCGGAUAUUCGUAGUUAUGUUUGAGGUAAUGAGAUGAGGGUCGAAUGAAAGGGAAGCGUAUAAAUAAGAGGGAGAGAGAUUUCAUGUAGCUAUCGUUGAUUGCGAGAGAGAAAGGGGGAUGAUUACAUUCCUGUCUGUCUGUAUAUAUCACAUAUCAACGCCUCCGCCUCCGCCUCCGCCCUCCGCCCUCCGCCCUCCGCCCUUUCCCUGGCGUGCUGGAUCUGCAAAAGGAUGUUCUGUAUAUCUCCACUUUGACUCUUGAUGUAUGAGUACCAUGGUAGACUAUUUAAGAUGCGUUAAGGGGGUUUGAGCACAUUUCUGAACUUUAUCUUAGAUCAGGCACACAGUGAGCAAAUUAACUCGCUGAAUGGAGAAACCUCUCUAACAGUACGGAGUAUAUUGAUUGAGAUUCUGCGUAGAUAAUAUCAUCUGUUUCCCAUUCCAUAAACGUCUGUAUGCCCCAUUUCUCAGUAUAUCUCACGCACAAACAACCCUAUAACCCAUUUUCUACACAUUUCACCCCUGGUCUCAACCAUGGCCCAGACAUAUUCUCUUCCACCCCUCCCUUUUGCCUACGAUGUAAGUAAAGAACUUUUUUGCCCCUUCCCGCCUUGCGGCAGCAUCUGCGGUAGGGCUAAACUCGGGAUAUCAAAAAAAAAAAAACUUCUCGAUACUAGGCUCUCGAGCCCGUCAUUUCCACGCAAAUAAUGGAACUUCACCAUGCCAAGCACCAUAACACCUACGUGGCAAACCUCAACAAAGCGCUUCAAGACCAGAUGGAGGCGAUAAAGGCAGGAAACAUUCGCGAUCAGGUUAAUCUGCACGCUAUAAUCAGUUUCAACGCCGGUGGACACAUCAAUCACUCGCUCUUCUGGGCCAACCUGGCCCCUUUGGGAGCCCCUGAAACCAAGGUCGACGCGGCGCCGAAGCUAUGGGAGGCAAUUCGGCAGCGGUGGGGAGAAGAUGAUGGUGUAUUCCGGCAGAAAUUCAGUGAGGCGUUGCUGGGAAUUCGAGGGAGUGGAUGGGCUUGGUUGGUUCGCCAGGGAACCCAGGGGCCGUUGGCUAUCGUCACAACACAUGACCAGGAUAUCGUCGCGAAGGAUGAGGUGCCUAUCUUUGGGAUAGACAUGUGGGAACAUGCGUAUUACUUGCAGUAUCUGAAUGGGAAGGCAGCCUAUGUCAAGAACAUCUGGGCCGUCAUUAAUUGGAAAACAGCAGAGGAACGAUACCUUGGAGGGAGCGUUGAUGCCUUCAAGGACCUCAGGGCGUCGAUCUAGUUGGUAUUUUCGUUGAUUAGGCUGAGGUUGCCGGUGUGGUUUGAGAGCACUGGAACGCAGAUCGGACAUGUUAAAGGCUCAAAAGACGCAGCCGUGACUAGCGAGUGACUCAUAUUAAGAAAAAUAUGACCUCGGUUUUCAUGUAUAUCCCGCCUUCAGGCGAAAUCAAUAGGAAAUGAAGGGAUGGACACUGAGGUGUACAUCUUGAUAUAACCACCCUUGCUGUUGAAGAUGCGUGAUAGACAGGGUAGCGGGUUCCGCUAGGCCAAUGAGCGCUUCAAUGGGGAAAGGGUAAUUAUCCCGGAUAGCACGAGCCUGAAUCUUUCUAUAUAUUUACUAUAUUGUUCAUGAGACUCAAAAUUGCUCCAGCAAGCUAGUUGCUGGUCCCCAACCCUACAUUAUUUAUAGCUACAGCAGCCUAUUAUGAUGUCACUGUGUAAAAACUUAAUUCCACAUAAUACUCAUUAUAGACACACACCAAUUAAAUAGUUCUACUGUAACUACUCUGUAAUUGGUAGUUAUUAUUUAAUAUUUA